GAGCAGCCUGGAUCUGUUGUGUGGAGCAGUAGGCCGUCCAAAUCCUGUGUGAGUCCAAUGUCCUUGUUGUCUAACAAGACAUGGUCCGCAGAGAUUAGCUUAAAAGCUGUCCAAUAUUUGUCCAAUGUUCAGUGUGUUCGUCAACCUUUUAUGCUGGUGGCUUUUGGCGUCAUGCUGAGACACGUCCUGUACUGCAAGGCGGGCAAGCCUGCUGACCCUGAAGGCAUCACCUUUGACCCUCUCGGCCUCACCAACCCAACCUCAGUUAGGAGACAGUCAGGGGGACAGGAAGAAGCCUCACUUGUCUCUCUGCUUGCAAAAAAAAAAAAAAAAAUCCCAAAAAGAGAAACGUCUAUAAUCUUUCUUCUUAAAUAACAUUUAAUUACGAGCUGUCACCUUUACGUCUCAUAAGACUUUUAUUGUUCAGAGAAGAUAGCUUUUACUGUGAAGACUCACACCGGAUGUAGAAUCAAGCUACAGCUGACUUGCGUACAUGUUGCGGAAUUCGCUCCUGUAUGACGAGGGCGCUCGAGAGCAGGUGACUCAGGAACGAGGCGGAAUGGAGAGGGUCCGCAGGGUUCUAGUGUCGGUCUGUCGGGACAGAGCAGCGCCACAGAGUGUUCACUUUCUUCAGAGCGUCACAGGUCACUUUGGCACCACUGACCAGGUGAACGUGAGCUGCUCGCUGGACCGGAACCGCUUGAUAGUCCUCAAAGACGACACGGACAGAGGCAUUCCCCUGAAGUGUUUGUUUGAUCACCAGAGGGCCCCCUUUUGUCCAAUCAAGCACCUGUCCGUCAAAGAGGCAGCGUCUAUCUCGUUGGACAUUCAGCAACGUGGAGUAGAUGUGGGUGUAGCCAUCAUCCUGCAGACAGCAGAUAAGAGAGUGUUGCUGACACGACGAGCAAAGCAACUGCGGAUAUUUCCCAACGUUUGGGUUCCACCAGGCGGCCAUCUUGAACCCGACGAGACGCUCCUGGAGGCGGGCCUCAGGGAGCUGAAAGAGGAAACAGGAUUGGCUCUGGAAGCAGAACAAUUCCCAAGUCCAAAGGUUCUCGGUGUGUGGGAGUCAGUGUACCCCCCGAUGCUGAGCAGAGGACCCCCUCAGAGACACCACCUUGUCGUCUACCUGCUGCUGCGCUCGCCAUGCACACACCUGCAGCUCCAGGACUGUCUGCGCCCCUCCCCCACCGAAGUCAGCGCUUGUCUUUGGGCCGACUCCCGUCUGGUCAGUGCCAUGGUGUCGGCCGUGGACGGACAGGAUGGCGAGAUCGAUGUGAAACGUCUUCCCGCCGUUGUCAGGGUGUCGGAGGUGUGCCCUGCGGGAGGACUCCGUGACACCACGCUGUCGCCGGGUGUCUUUGUCAACCGGGCACCGUACAGCGGUCCAGACGUGGAGCGGGUCAGCACCGGGACAAAGUUCGCUCUGGGUCUGUGGCUGAAGACCACUGCAGAGAUGACCUCUGAACCUCACACCUGUCAGCCAAACAAAUGAU